UUUUAAGUCUAAGCCAACAUUGUUCUAAAGUUAAUCCUAAAAUUUGGUAUAUUGUUGGUGAAACAACAAAUAAUGCUGAAUCAGCACAUGCAGACAUUAAUCGUGAGGGAAAAGAAUUAAGUUUAAUGAAUGCAAUUGAGAA